AUGGCUUCCUUUUAUGCCAGAUAUUCCGUAUUUUCAUUGAGCGUAGAAGAAGAAAAGAAAGAAGCAAGAAAAAAGCACAACAAGAAAGGAAAUGUAUGGAAAGGAAAAUUGAGGCUGAAUAUUUUAUUCGUAGAAGAAGUGGAAGCAGACUUACUUCACGCAGGAAUACGUGGAAAAAUAAAGAAAUGGAAUCGUGGAGUGGGUGGAAAAAGGCUUUUUCCAUCAUCUCGUCAUAACUACAAUAGCUUGUCACAUAGAAAUCAGAAUGACGCAAAGGGAGCACAAACACAGCAUGAAGAAGGGACAACAUUUAUGGUUUUGAAAUAG